AUUAAAAAUAAAAAAAUUAAUAAAAAAAAUCGACAUUUGAUGAUCAUUUAGAUUAAUUUAAAAAAUAAAUAAAAUUCAUACUACAGGCCAAAUAACUGAUCCCUUCAAUGGAAAAUACGUGAGAGAAGUUUUGGCAAUAUCAUAAUCAGAGCACAGGUGAAGAACAUGGAACUAUACAAAAAGUUGCCAAAGGCUAUAAAUGUUACGUCCACAAAGGAAAAGACAUCUGGAAAGCCAAUCAAGCAGCACCUAAAAGACUGUAUUCCUGCACGACACAGAGGGUUGGAUGACCUUGAAGUCAAAUGUCAUGUCCUGGACAGUGUUCGUAAGAAAUGGAAGCGACCAGAGAAGGGCAAGGGUAGAAACACACUUUCUAUACGAGACAAGAGAGAGUUAAAGGUGUUCGAGAUGAAACGGGAUGGACACAGGUUUGAGGAUUAUCUUCCAUUACAUGAGCUCUGGCAAGACUAUAUGAGGGACAUUCUGGAUGUCAGCAGGUACAGCUCAGCAGACCGUAGACAGUACCAGAUGAAUAACGAGCGCUUGCUGAAGGCUGACUAUCAUGGUUGCUAUAUCGUCGUCAGGAGCAGCAGGUGCCCCUCUCUGGUCGGCCUUGCAGGCAUUGUUGUCAUGGAAACCAAGAAUAUGGUCAAGGUCAUUGGGAAGGAUAACAGAUUAAAAAGCAUUCCAAAGAUGCAUUCAGUCUUUUCAUUUGAGCUGGACGGCUUCCUCUUCACAAUUCACGGGAACAACUUUUGUGUCAGUGCUUUCCAGAGAUCUAAACGGAAAUUUAAACAAAAAGCCACUGUGGAACUUUGAAUGCUUUCAUCAGGUCAUUUUGUUGAUUUUUUAUGUAAUAAAAGAACUUUACUCA